ACAGUAUAAAUAAAGAUGGACAUGCAUGACGCAGACACAAAAAAACGAAACUAAAAUAUUAUCAGAGGGGUGUGAAAAGUAGUGUCAAUAUAACCAUGACACUUAUUUGGGACAUCAUUGAAUACUUGAUAAAUCUUAUUCUUUGGAUAACAGGGAUGUGGCUGUUUAAAUCAACUACACCACCUAUGCCUACUGCAGUUUUUGAAAAGGAAUGGAGGAUCACACCCUGGGGUCAGAAAGAGGUAAUACUGCAGAAAUUGAAAGACUAUGUUCCUGGAAACCCUGAUAUUAAGAGUAUCCGAGUCUUGCUCCAUGGACCAGUCGGAGCGGGCAAGUCCAGCCUUAUCAACUUCAUCAACAGUGUCUUUCAGGGUCACAUUACCAGCAUCGCACUAGCUGACAGUGCUAUUGCAGGUGAAAGCUUCACCAUAAAAUACCAAACCCACAAAAUUGAAACAAUGAAACAUGGAAUCUACUACCCCAUCGUCUUCAAUGAUGUCAUGGGUCUGGAGGAAAGCAGUGGCAAAGGUGUGCAUAAGGAUGACAUCAUCAACGCCCUAAAGGGCCAUGUAAAAGAGGGCCACAAGUUUAAUCCAAUGUCACCAUUAUCAGAAGAGGAUCCUGGCUACAUAAAGAUCCCCAGUUCAGAAGACAGAGUUCACUGUCUAGUCAGUGUCAUGCCAGCUGAUAAAAUGGCUUUCUUGAGAGAAAGUGUAAUCCAGAAGAUGAGGGACAUCAGACUAGCUGCCGCCGAUAUGGGGAUUCCCCAAAUGGUUAUUCUCACCAGAGUGGAUGAAGCCUGUCCAUCAGUAAGGAAAGACGUGAAGAACAUCUAUCUGAGCAAGUACAUAAAGGAGAAGAUGGAGCAGUGCAGUGCCAAACUGGGAGUACCAGUGAACUGCAUCCUGCCUGUGAAGAACUACCAUGAGGAAAUCGACUUGAAUGAAGACAUGGAUGUGCUGCUAUUGAGAGCACUGAGGCAGAUGGUGGACUUUGCAGAUGACUUCAUCAAAAAUAUCCCUCUCAAAAUAACCCCAAAAGGUAACUGAGGAUGCAUGUAUAUUAGGGCUGACCCCAUUUAGUCGACUGGUCGAUUAAUUGGUCGAUAGGCUAUUGGUCGUCGAAUUGUUAAGUCCAGCAGUUGCAAAAACAUUUUUUAUGGCAUGUCUUGAUUGACGCCUGUUUCAGAGGACUAAUCUAUUGCGGAGGCCGCGGGGAUGUCACACCUGUCACGUUCGUUCUCCUCGUCUGAGGAGGAGCAUGGAUCGGACCAAAACGCAGAGUGAUAUGAAUACAUCUUCUUUUAUUAGAUACGAAGACGAAACGAACACUAUACAAACUAAUACAAAAAACAAUAAACCACGAACGUGAAGCUACAAACGAAAGUGCACACACAAGCUACUAACGUUAGACAUAGACAAUUACCCACAAAUCCCCAACACAAAACAAGCCACCUAUAUAUGAUUCUCAAUCAGGGACAACGAUAGACAGCUGCCUCUGAUUGAGAACCAUAUUAGGCUGAACAUAGAAACAGACAAACUAGACACACAACAUAGAAUUCCCACCCAGCUCACGUCCUGACCAACACUAAACAAGCAAAACACACAAGAACUAUGGUCAGGACGUGACAACACCAGUAGUACAUUUACCGUUAAUUCCCAGAAUUUCUAAUCAACAAUGUUUGUUUGGUGACCAUAAUUUCUGUUAAUGUAAUCAGUUAAUUAUUAUUAGUCUUUUACAGUUCUCAUUGUGGAGUGGACACAUUAUUUGUCAUAAAAUAGGCCUACCUGAUUACGUCUUAUUCCUUGUACAAAUAGCCUACAGCUGUAUCUGUCCAGAGCUCACUGGUGCCGGAAACUCUGAGGGUCCAGAAUAUUUUAUACAAUGUUUUUAUUUGUUGGCUUUAAUUAUUUUGCAUAAUUGGUAAAGGCAAUAUAAUUUACUUAAAGAUUUGAAUAAUUUAGAUUUAGAUAUCAUUUUUAUUAAUCACAUGACAAUGAUUGAGAUAUGAUGACUUUAUUAUAAAAUAAAUGAAACUGUUCCACGAAAAUGUGCAUAUUAAAAUCCUAACUGGCACGCAGAUCGGUAGAAAUGGUAAGAUGAACAGGUACUCCAAUUGGAAAAGGUUGCCGACCCCCUGGUGUAGCGGAGCAUAAUGGCAGGAUCUGCAAAGGCCAGCAGCAGUGGGAGGAGGUGGUUCGGGAACAGGUUUUCACUUUAACACAAUAAAAUGUGAAGAAAUCCAAGGGGUAUGAUUACUUUUGCAAGGCACUGUAUAUAAAUCAUUGUCUCAGACGAUUGUUUUUGUUUGUUUUUUUUUGGUUUUGGAGAGAUGUCCCCCUGUCGCUAUGCUCUUUUAGUAAAUCACAUGAUCACAUCAAACUUCACAGUUAGAGACCUCAGACAUCUCUAAUCUGUGCUUCCUGUUCACAUGAACAUGGAACAGAAAGAAAUAUUAGAAGAUAAAUCUUGAUGAAGGUCAUUAGACUGAAACCUGGAUUAAACAGGACCAAUUUAUGAAAUUGUUUUUCCCCCUCAUCAAUCUACACACAAUACCCCAUAAUGACAAAACAAAAACAGGUUUUUCAAAAUUUGUGCUUAUUUAUAUAUAUUGUUUACUGAAAUAUUACAUUUUUCUAAAGUUUUCAGACCCUUUACUCAGUACUUUGUUGAAGCACCUUUGGCAGCGAUUACAGCGUUGCGUUCUUGGGUAUGACGCUACAAGCUUGGCACACCUGUAUUUGGGGAGUUUCUCCCAUUCUUCUCUGCAGAUCCUCUCAAGCUCAGUCAGGUUGGAUGGGGAGCGUUGCUGCACAGUUAUUUUCAGGUCUCUCCAGCGAUGUUCGAUCAGGUUUAAGUCCGGGUUCUGGCUGGGCCACUCAAGGACAUUCAGAGACUUGUCCCAAAUCCCCUCCUGCGUUGUCUUCGCUGUGUGUUUAGUGUAGUUUUCCUGUUGGAAGGUGAACCUUCGCCACAUUCUGAGGUCCUGAGAGUUCUGUAGCAGGUUUUCAUCAAGGAUCUCUCUGUGCUUUGCUCCGUUUAUGCUUUCGUUAAAAGAAUAAUGAUAAAAAUACUCUUUCAAAAUGCAAUGUUGAUUUAGUUAUGGAUCCAUAACGAAUUACUAUGGGAAUAAAUAUCACUGAUUUACAGAAAUAUUGGAACAAAGUUGUCUAAUGAAGGCAAACAGUUUAGAAUCCUCCAAUCCACUUGUGCUGAAAUCUACUCCCGACCGCCAUAUUUUCCAUUCCAUCCUAACAGAAACCCUGAGAAACACCAUAAUAUUAAUCAAAUUGGCUUCUCAAAUGGCUUCUCAAAUGACUACCUUGCCUGGUUCACCAACUUCUUCUCAGAUAGAGUUCAGUGUGUCAAAUCUGAGGGCCCAACUCUUUUUUUUGUAUAUAUCAAUGAUGUCGCUCUUGCUGCUGGUGAUUCUCUGAUCCACCUCUACGCAGACGACACCAUUCUGUAUACAUCUGGCCCUUCUUUCAACACUGUGCUAACAAACCUCCAAACGAGCUUCAACGCCAUACAACACUCCUUCCAUGGCCUCCAUCUGCUUUUAAACGCUAGUAAAACUAAGUGCAUGUGUAACGAUGUGAAAUGGCUAGGUAGUUAGCGGGUGCGCGCUAAUAGCGUUUCAAUCGGUGAUGUCACUGAGACCUUGAAGUAGUUGUUCCCCUUGCUCUGCAAGGGCCGUGGCUUUUGUGGAGCGAUGGGUAACGAUGCUUCGAGGGUGGCUGUUGUCGAUGUGUGCAGAAGGUCCCUGGUUCAGUGAUGUCAUUUAAAAAAUUGCCUCCAACACUCUACUCAACAAAUUGGAUGUAGUCUAUCACAGUGCCAUCCGUUUUAUCACCAAAGCCCCAUAUACUACCCACCACUGCGACCUGUAUGCUCUCGUUGGCUGGCCCUCACUACAUAUCCGUCGCCAAACCCACUGGCUCCAGGUCAUCUAUAAGUCUUUGCUAGGUAAAGCCCCGCCUUAUCUCAGCUCACUGGUCACCAUAGCAACACCCACCCAUAACACGCGCUCCAGCAUGUAUAUUGCACUGGUCAUCCCCAAAGGCAACACUUCCUUUGGCCGCCUUUCCUUUCAGUUCUCUGCUGCCAAUGACUGGAACGAACUGCAAAAAUCUCUGAAGCUGGAGUCUUAUAUCUCCCUCUCUAACGUUAAGCAUCAGCUGCCAGAGCAGUUUACCAACCACUGCACCUGUACACAGCCAAUCUGUAAAUAGCACACCCGACUAGCACAUCCUCAUUUUAUUACUUACCCUCUUGCUCAUUUGCACCCCAGUAUCUCUACUGGCACAUCAUCAUCUGCACAUCUAUCACUCCAGUAUUAAUGCUAAAUUGUAAUUAUUUUCACCUCUAGGACCUCUUCACCCCUAUUUAUUGCCUAUCUCCCUGCUCUUCUACAUUUGCACACACUGUACAUAGAUCUUUCUAUUUUUCUUUUCUUUUGUGUUAUUGACUGUUUACAUUUCUCCAAAAAGUAUGAUAUUUGUCCCCAGGUACAAAAGUUUAUAUAUCCACAGUAAAACGAAUCCUAUAUCGACAUAACCUGAAACGCCGCUCAGCAAGAAAGAAACCACUGCUCCAAAACCGCCAUAAAAAAGCCAGACUACGGUUUGCAACUGCACAUGGGGACAAAGAUCAUACUUUUUGGAGAAAUGUCCUCUGGUCUGAUGAAACAAAAAUAGAACUGUUUGGUCAUAAUGACCAUCGUUAUGUUUGGUGGAAAAAGGGGGAUGCUUGCAAGCCGAAGAACACCAUCCCAACCGUGAAGCACGGGGGUGGCAGCAUCAUGUUGUGGGGGUGCUUUGCUGCAGGAGGGACUGGUACACUUCACAAAAUAGAUGGCUCAUGAGGAAGGAAAAUUAUGUGGAUAUAUUGAAGCAACAUUUCAAGACAUCAGUCAGGAAGUUAAAGCUUGGUCGCAAAUGGGUCUUCCAAAUGAACAAUGACCCUAAGCAUACUUCCAAUGUUGUGGCAAAAUGGCUUAAGGACAACAAAGUCAAGGUAUUGGAGUGGCCAUCACAAAGCCCUGACCUCAAUCCUAUAGAAAAUGUGUGCAGAACUGAAAAAGUGUGUGCGAGCAAGGAGGCUCAGUUAAACCAGCUCUGUCAGGAGGAAUGGUCCAAAAUUCACCCAACUUAUUGUGGGAAGCUUGUGGAAGGCUACCCGAAAUGUUUGACCCAAGUUAAACAAUUUAAUGGCAAUGCUACCAAAUACUAAUUGAGUGUAUGUAAACUUCUGACCCACUGGGAAUGUGAUGAAAUAAAUAAAACCUGUUAAUAAAUUAUUCUCUCUACUAUUA